UGAAUGAAUGCAUGACUACUCCGUACCUUCCUCAUGGUACUUCUGCUGCCUUGUGCUUGCCCUUUUACUCUCUACUACUACUACUACUACUACUACUACUACUCCUCCUCUUUAAAGCUUGCUCAUCCGCCCACUUCCCCAUUACUUCCUCACUCCCAGUUUGUUCACUACUUUUUCUUCUUGUUUAAUUAAACCUCUGAUACAACCGUCAAUACACUCCCCCACCGCACCGCCAUCAUGAUCAUCGAUCCCGCCGAGAUCCUCAAGAAGACCAGCGCCCAUCUCAUCCCCACCGCUGUUCCUACACAUGUAGCUCCGAUCCCUUCCGUUCUACCAGAUGUCCCCGAGAUCCAAGAGGCUCACCACAAUGGCAAGACUACUCUCUGGGUAGUCUUCGUCAUCAUGGUCAUCUCUUCUGCUGUCUUCGCCGGCUGGUCCUGGAGAGUCCCCGUCUCUAAACGCCUCUACCAUGUCGUCACCACUCUCAUUACCAUUUUCGCCGCCAUCUCCUACUUCGCCAUGGCAACUGGCCACGGAACUUCCUUCAAUGUCAUCAAGAUCCGUCACUCCCACGAGCAUGUCCCAGACACCACGACCGAGGUCCACCGCCAGGUCUUCUAUGCCCGUUACAUCGAUUGGGCCCUGACCACUCCUCUUCUCUUGCUUGACCUCAGCUUGCUCGCUGGUCUCAAUGGUGGCCACAUCCUCAUGGCCAUCGUUGCCGAUGUCAUCAUGAUCCUCACUGGUCUCUUCGCUGCCUUCGGUUCGGAGGGUACCCCCCAGAAGUGGGGCUGGUACACCAUUGCCUGCAUCGCUUACUUGGUCGUCAUCUGGCACCUUGUUGUCAACGGCCGUGCUCAAGCCGCAGCGAAGAGCAACGAAGUCGCCAAAUUCUUCUUUGCCAUCGGUGGCUUCACCAUCCUUGUCUGGACUGCCUACCCUAUUGUUUGGGGCUUUGCUGACGGUGCCCGCACCCUCUCCGUUGACGGCGAGAUCAUCGCCUACGCUGUACUCGACAUCCUGGCCAAGCCCAUUUUUGGCCUUUGGCUCCUCAUCACCCACGCUAAGAUUCCUGAGACCAAUGUUGAACUUGGUGGCUUCUGGGCUCACGGCCUUAGCCGCGAGGGUGCUCUUCGUCUUGGUGAUGACGAUGGUGCCUAAAUACCACGCUCAAUAUUUCUCAAGAAGCGAUGCAGGGGCUAGUCAACUCUCCUGGAGUGCAUAUCCUCGCAAUCGAUGAAGCUCGGCCUAAAUUGAAUGAACCUCAAAAAUGAUGAGAAAAAGUGAUGAUUGUCGCAUUCCUUCUCACUCUGAUUAUUCCAUCCAUCACUAUACUCCCAAGGCAAGGCGUUUGUGCAUAUCUUGGUAUUUAAUUGUUACUUGGUCCGGGGACCAUGUCAAAGCGACAGCAGCGUAGGAGAAUGUACUCGAGCUGUCGAUGAUCCCAUGGUUGUAAUUUACACCAUACAUAAAGUAGUAAUGCCAGAAAAAGCUGUACAGCAGACAUUGAACUCUCAUCC